UGCCUUACCUACCCAAAUUUUCUCUCUCCUCCAUACUUACGUACACAUAAAUAUUACUACUUCAAUUCUUAAAAACUGGAAACCUUGCAAAAUUCAUCACACAAAAAAAACCUAGAGAAAAUUAGUUGGAUUAAGAAGAAAUAAAGGCUAAUUUAUCACAAUAUUUUUGAUGAUUAGCAUAAUAUGACCAAGAUUAAAGGCGUAAUUACCUUUGUUCUUAGGCUCGUUGCUUUGGCUGCUACUAUUGUAUCAACUAUUGUAAUGGGAACCGCCCAUGAUUCUGCUUCAGUCUUAGGCAUCAAAUUCGAAGCCAAAUUCACAGACUCUCCAUCCUUCAAGUACUAUGUGAUUAUAUAUUCAAUCGUAAGCUUCUAUUCUCUGGUAGUUCUUUUGCUGCCUUUCAAGAAAUUGCUAUGGCGCUUUACUCUCGUUCUAGACAUGAUGAUGACACUACUUCUGACUUCAGCUCUAGCCGCAGCACUAGCAAUCGCAUAUGUUGGAAAGAAAGGGAAUAGUCACGCAGGAUGGCUAGCCAUAUGUGAUCAAGUCCCUAAGUUUUGUGAUGAGACAAGUGGCGCCCUCGCUGUCGGCUUCGUUGCUGCAAUCAUCUACCUUGUGCUCCUCCUCUACUCUCUUCAUGCUGCUCUUAGUCCUAUCUUUCCUGUUUCCUCUUAAGCUUUUUUUAUAGCUUAGCUACAAAUACUUUAGGUACCAAUAUAAUGCAUUAUGUGCAUGUCUAGUUAGUUCACGUACCUUUGUGUGCUAUUGUUCACUAUUAUAUCGAUAUAUACGCCUUUUGUUAUGGAUGUAAUAAUAUACUCCCUCUGUCCCUUAAUACUCGAACCGUUUUGACUUUUUGCACUA